GUCUGUGUUGUUUUUUUUAAAUCAAUUUUUUUUGUGUUGCUUAUUGCCUAAUAAUUUGCCAAUCAAUUUCAGUGUUAUUUAAAAAAGUGUAGGCUCAUUGUUUAUUAUAUGGCCUGACGUGGAACUAAUUAUUAUUAAAUGUUUUUGUAUAUAAAUUUGAAUGAUUUAGAUAAAAUAAACUUUUACGAGGAGCAGAACAUGGCUCAAGAAAAUGCUACCUUUAGUUUUAUUGGUCAAAAGAUAUCAAAAAUAUGUUGGUGUGCACGCAAUCAUAGUUCGACAAACACGAACCAUUUCAUAACUGGUAGUUACGAUGACAAAACAAACUUUUUGACAUAUUGGAAUAUCCCAGAUGAAGGAGUUGGCUCUGAACCAGAAAUGAUGAAUAAUCUUCAAGUUGAUGGUUCAGUUACAGAUAUGGUCUUUAUGAGCCCAAGCAUGUUAUUGUGUAGCUCAAGUUUAGGAGAUGUUUCGUUAGUUGCUGUACGCGACCUUGGAUUGAACGAGGUGCAAAAAUGGCCAAAACUACAUCAGUAUGAAGCAACUAGAGAACCGUCGGUUUGUUGUUGCAUAGCAACAAGCAACAACGAGAUUAUCACAGGCGGUGAAGACGGCAGGAUUAACCUGUUGCUUGUCGACCGCAAGAAGCCCGUGCGUGUACUAGAGAAUGCAGAUAGUUCGAACAUCACUGGCAUUCAAUUUCUAACAACAAAUGAAAUCGUUUCCGUCAACACUACGGGACAAUUAAAGUUAUGGGAUAUACGCCAACCUGAAAUAGAUAAACCGCAGAAAGUUUUGACUUUAUCUGGUAACGCUUGUCCCUUGUUAUCGGUUGACAAACACCCCAAUCAACCGCAUAUAUUAGUGACCGGUCACGGCGAUGGCGUUAUCGGUAUAUGGGAUGUAAGGCAGGAAAAAGCGCCGGUUACUUUAAUAGACGCUCACCAAGCGGAAGUAUGGCAAGUUAAAUUUCAUCCAUUGUACCCGGACAAUUUGUUUACUUGUUCACAGGACGGUUCGUGCUGGUUUUGGGACGGCACCUCAAUGAUAUCCGGUGCAAAUGACAUAAAAGCGAUGAAUCUAGCAUCCGGACGCGUAAAUGCAACCUUACAAACAAAUGACAUAGCCUCUUCGAGCGUUUGGCUAUAUAUCGACGCAAACAAGCAUAAAAUGGAAACUUUCUCUUUACUGCCGGACAGUAAAAGUUCGGUGAAUACAUUUGAUGUAAACGGUUCGUCGUUAAUUUGCGGAACAGAUAACGAAGCGAUUGUUAUUGUAAAAGAUAUUCCAGUCCGCUAGUAUUUUUUUAUUUAGUUUAAUGUAGAAAAUUGUAAUAAAUCUCGUUCCUCAA